GACGUCACUGCAACGCGAGAUCAAGCGAUCAGGAAGUGGCUCACGGUGAUAAAUGGUAGGUUUUGCAGUGGCUUCGCGAGACAUGUUCCCACGUGAUUCGUCAUCGAGGAGGCGACCAGCCUACAGCCCACGGCCCGCUUGCAUGGAUCCCCACUUUUAUGAGCACAGAGGAGUUGACAAUAUGUGUUUCAAUAGCUAUGAUGGCCCACCACAUGACAGCUUGCCUCCUCAUGAUUGGAGGCCUUGCCCAUUACCUCCCUUUCCACCUUCUCAAACUAGGAGUGACUGGCGCAAGAGAAAACACGAGGACGAUGACUUCCCGCUUGUGAAGCGCCGACGUGGCGACGACUCGUCCCUCCCCCCUUCAGGAAAUACUCACAUUUGGCACGAUCGGCCCUGUUUUGGAUCUGACCAUACAUUGCCGGGCUCCUCAAGAUCAUCCUCAGAUUUUGAUCACCCUCAUUCCCAUGUGCACUGUAACGCUCCCACAGCCCCGUGUGGCUCCAUGAACCUGAACGUCCAUGAUGGCGACAAGCUAAGCUUUCAGGUGGCCAAUCUGUUUGAGAUAUGCCAGCAGCAGCCUUCGGAUUUAUGUCGGAAAGAGACGUGCAGAAGUUUGCUGCAACGAGACAUGCGUGUCUCCACAAUGGGGCAACUGUAUUUGACGGGAUCCACCAUGAGCGGAUUAGCCUGCCGGAGCAGCGAUGCCGAUUUGUGUUACGUCCUCCAUGAAAAUACAAAAACAGAUCCAAUUACAGUGCUCUCUGCCCUCCAAAGGAUUAUGAGGUCAAUGAAUUUAGUCGAGCGGGUACAUCUGAUCAGAGCCAAAGUGCCCAUCCUCAGGUUCCAAGAGAGAGGCAGCAAUCUGACUUUUGACCUGAACGUGAACAACAUAGUGGGGAUCCGAAACACAUUCCUUCUGAAGAGUUAUGCUUACGUUGAGCCCAGGAUACGACCACUCAUCCUUGUUGUCAAGAAGUGGGCACAGCAUCGUCAAAUCAAUGAUGCCAGUCAAGGAACGUUAAGCAGCUACACGUUGGCGCUGAUGGUGCUGCACUACCUUCAGACCCUUCAAACACCAGUGCUUCCUUCACUGCAGAUGGAUUUUCCAGAGUGUUUUGAUCCCUCUUUGGAGAUUGACAUGAUCCCCGAGGGAGCCGAACACAUCCCCCGCUUCAAUUCACGAAACCAAUCGUCUCUGGGAAUGCUGCUUCUGGGCUUUCUCAGAUAUUAUGCGACCGAAUUCAGCUGGAAGAAAACCGUGAUUUCUGUACGAGUUGGCAAAGCGCUGCCCAGGCACAAUCAUCCAAAGUGGAAAGACACACUCCUAUGUGUAGAAGAGCCGUUUGAGAGAAAAAAUGUUGCCCGGGCAGUCAACAAGCAGGCCAAAUUUGAUUACAUUAAAUCUCAGUUUCUUGAGUCCUGGCUAAUGCUACGGAAGGAAAUGGACCUAAACUCCAUUCUUCCUAUGCAAGAGAUCAUUGAUGAGGAAACAUCCUGGAAAUAAAUAAGUUCUUUGAGCUCAGCUUUUCCCAGGGCAUCUCUGGAUCCCCAUUGUUCAAAAUGUCCCGGUCCACUGGAAAGAUUUGCUUAUACUGACUUCAGCAUCCUCUUGUCAAUGUGCCCAAAUGUCUUUCUUUUGUACAAGUUUGUAUGAUUUUUUUAUGUUAAGAAAUUAAAUCUACAGAGCCCACAAGAUGUCAAAGGAGAAAGAAAAAAAGUUGACUUCCCUCAAAAAGAUUUGUAUUCACAAUGAUUCCGAGGGAAUGCAAAUAUUUGGGAAGGAAUCUUUGCGAGCAGGUAUAAUUUUUUUUCGGGGCACAGUUCUGUUUUUUUUGUUUUUUUCUUCCACGUCAUCUCAGGGGCUCCUUAUAAAUCAG